GCCGCGCUGCAGCCUCCGGUCCCGGCGGCCAGCGCCAGAGCGUCCCCGCUCCCCGAGGGGCACGGCAGCGGCGAUGCCCAGGCGGAGCAUCGCCGAGGUGAAGGUGCUGGACGUGCAGAAGCGGCGCAUCCCCAACAAGCACUAUGUGUACAUCAUCAGGGUCACCUGGUCCAAUGGAGCCACGGAGGUCAUUUACCGGCGCUACAGCAAGUUCUUCGACCUGCAGAUGCAGAUGCUGGACAAGUUCCCCAUGGAAGGAGGCCAGAAGGACCCCAAGCAGAGGAUCAUCCCCUUUCUGCCAGGGAAGAUCCUGUUCCGCCGGAGCCACAUCCGCGACGUGGCGGUCAAACGGCUGAUCCCCAUCGACGAGUACUGCAAGGCUCUGAUCCAGCUGCCCCCCUACAUCUCCCAGUGCGAGGAGGUGCUGCAGUUCUUCGAGACACGGCCCGAUGACCUGACCCCCCCAAAAGAGGAGCCCAUUGGAAAGAAGAGGUCUGGAGCUGACUGUGCCUCGGCUGAGCCCCUGGUGCUGGAGCAGUAUGUCGUGGUGGCCGACUACCAGAAGCAGGAGAGCUCGGAGAUCAGCCUGUGCGUGGGCCAGGUGGUGGAUAUCAUUGAGAAGAACGAAUCAGGCUGGUGGUUUGUGAGCACGCUGGAGGAGCAAGGCUGGGUGCCAGCGACCUGCCUGGAGGCCCAGGAUGGAGUCCAGGACGAGUUCUCAAUGCAGCCUGAUGAAGUGCCAUGGAGGUACUGGUCUCUGCCCAGGCACCUUGGCCGCCGCCGGACUCUUGGGGACUUGUACACCCCUGGCUGGGGUCAAGAGGAGAAGUACACGGUUAUUUACCCCUACACUGCAAGAGACCAGGAUGAAAUGAACCUGGACAAAGGGGCCGUGGUGGUGGUGAUCCAGAAGAACCUGGAGGGCUGGUGGAAAAUCAGGUACCAGGGCCAGGAGGGCUGGGCCCCUGCCUCCUACCUCAGGAAGGGCAAUGGAGAUGUGCUCCCACCGAAGCUGGGCUCGGGCUCCUCGGCUCACUGCAGUGCCCUGGAGCUGGAUGGCAUCUCCAGGCAGCAGCUGCUGGCCAGCAGGGACAAGGACGGGCUGGGCGGCCAGAGGGACGGCAGGUUGGAGAGCCGGCCCCUGCCCGGCACCGACAUCCGACGCAAGUCACCAAAGAUGAGGCAGAGGCCACCCCCUCGCCGAGACCUCACCAUACCCCGUGGUUUGAACCUGCCUAAGCCUCCUGUCCCCCCUCAAGUGGAAGAGGAAUAUUACACCAUUGCUGACUUCCAGACCACCAUCCCUGAUGGCAUCAGCUUCCAGGCAGGAAUGAAAGUAGAGGUUAUUGAGAAGAACCUGAGCGGCUGGUGGUACAUCCAGAUCGAGGAGAAGGAGGGCUGGGCCCCCGCCACCUUCAUUGAUAAGUACAAGAAGACCAGCAACGCCUCCAGGCCCAAUUUCCUGGCUCCCCUCCCCACCGAGAUGGCGCAGCUGCGGCUGGGCGACACCGAUGGCAGUGCCAGCGAGGAGGUGACAGGGCCCUGCCGACCUCUGCCAGAGGCUCCUCCCAACGGCAUGGACUGCAGCGGGAGGUGGGGCAAGGACUGGAAGGGGAAGGAGGCUCCUGACAGUGGGGACCUGUCCUUGGCCGGCGGCUACGAGGAGAUCUCGGACCGCGACACCGAGGAGAAGCCCAGCCUUCCACCCAGGAAGGAGUCCAUCAUUAAAUCGGAAGGAGAGUUACUAGAGAGGCAGAGACCUCCCCCCAAGCCCCCAGGCAUGAUUUUGCCCAUGAUCCCACCCAAGCAGUCGGCAGCCCCAAAGGACAGCAAGAAGCCGGAGCUCAAACCGGAGAAGGGCAAACUCUUCCAGCUGAAAAACGAGAUGGGUCUGGAAUGUGGCCACAAGGUGUCGGCCAAGGAGGUGAAGAAGCCAAACCUCCGGCCCAUUGUCAAGCCAACCAAGCCAAAAGCUGAGCCUGUGGAGGACAAACCUGAGCCCAUCACCCAGAACCCAUUCUUGAAGUCGAGACCUCAGAUCAGGCCAAAACCCGCUGCAUCCCCCCGGACUGACACACCUCUGGCCGAUGACAGACUGGACAUUUGCAGCCUGAGGAGCAAGCUGAGACCUGCCAAGUGCCCAGAGAAGCCCUCAGAGCAGGACCCCAUCACCGGGGAAAGCUUCAGCAAUGCCGUGGUCUCCUCAGAGCCUUGCGGGAGGUUUCCAGAGCGACCGGGCACGGAGAGCAAAGCUCAGCCCAAGCUGGACAUUGCCCCCAAAGAGGCACUGCCCAAAUCUCCCCUGGGCCCAGCCAGCCCCCCCUGUGCCAGGGACACCCCUCCGCAGCGCCCCGUGGUGCCACCUCGCAGGCCACCCCCUCCCAAGAAGAUGGGAGCUCCUGCCUCCGUCCCCGCCGAGCCCCGGGCACGGGAAGCGCCCGAGGCCAGGCCCUCGGCAGUGCCAGGGAGGCCCAUGCUGGUCCCCCCCAAAGCCAAGCCCUUCCUCUCUGCCUGCAUGCAAGACGAAGCCAAAGCCAGGAGCAGCAUCAACCCAAAGGUCAUCUCCAAGCCCGUGGAGAGAGGGGAGGCCAAGGAGAGGACCUCAGCCCCCGACAUCUCCAGGGAAGCUCUCUACGUGGCAGUGGCGGAUUUUGAAGGCGACGAGGAGACCAACAGCUUCAGAGAAGGGACUUUGUUUGAAGUUCGGGAGAAGAACAGCAGUGGCUGGUGGUUCUGCAAGGUCCUGGCUGGGGGGCCCUGCUGGGAGGGCUGGAUCCCUUCCAAUUACCUGCGGAAGAAGCCGUAGCUGCUCCACAGCCGGAGGCUCCCGGCUCUCUCACCUGAGUAUUUAAUGAGCAGAUUAAUUUAUAGUUUUCUGUAAGGCUGGCUUUAAAAGAAAAGAUAAUAAUUGGAAAUCCCACGCCUCCCAGCUGGAGCCCCUUGGCAGCAGCUGGAGGAAGCAGCUCGGCCUCCCCUCCCCACCCCUGUGCUCCCUGUACCCACCCUCCUCCUCACAUUCCCCAAAGGACUUGGCUCCCGUGGUUCUCUGUGCUGGGCAGAUGCACCUUGAGUGAUGUUUUGCCACCUCUGUGGUGAAUUGGAGAGGAAUCCAGCAGCAGCCAGGUGGAAUGGUACCAAUGCAGGAAAUCACAGAAGGAUUUGCCUUUCCCUGAAGCUCAGGGUCACGGUCAAGAGUUGCAGGUCGUGUUGCUUAGCCCAGGGAUGUAGCAGAGCCACGAGGAAUGUGGCAAAAAGGAGGAAAGAUUGCUGAGAACAGGUUCCUGCAGCUCUGUCUGUGGUUCAGGGCUGCACCGUGCUCCCCCUGCACGGGGAUCAUCCCUUGGUCCUUCCCUGCCCUACGAUGACAAGUGUUAACUUCAACAUCCUCCUGGUGCAAAAAUAUAGGGAAAAAUGCACCCUCAUUUAAACAGGUCCUGCUGUGCUGCUCCAGGACAGCUCUCAGGCCUCUCCCCUGCAG